CACCUCGCCUCGGGGCCGAACGAGGGUGCCUGUCGCGCCUCGUCGCCCCCUGCGCUGCCUCCUUGCCCCCAGUGGUGGGCGCCCUUCUCGCUCGAAGCACUCCCCCCAGCUCCAUGAAUGGAAAUCGGCUCCGCAGGACCCGUUGGGGCCCAGCCCCUACUCAUGGUGCCCAGAAGACCUGGCUAUGGCACCAUGGGCAAACCCAUUAAAUUGCUGGCUAACUGUUUUCAAGUUGAAAUCCCAAAGAUUGAUGUCUACCUCUAUGAGGUAGAUAUUAAACCAGACAAGUGUCCUAGGAGAGUGAACAGAGAGGUGGUUGACUCAAUGGUUCAACAUUUUAAAGUGACUAUAUUUGGGGAUCGUAGACCAGUUUAUGAUGGAAAAAGAAGUCUCUACACAGCCAAUCCACUUCCUGUGGCAACUACUGGGGUAGAUUUAGAUGUUACUUUACCUGGGGAAGGUGGAAAAGAUCGACCUUUCAAGGUGUCGAUUAAGUUUGUCUCUCGGGUGAGUUGGCACCUACUACAUGAAGUACUGACAGGACGGACCUUGCCUGAGCCGCUGGAAUUAGACAAGCCAAUCAGUACUAAUCCUGUCCAUGCUGUUGAUGUGGUGCUACGACAUCUGCCCUCCAUGAAAUAUACGCCUGUGGGGCGUUCCUUUUUCUCAGCUCCCGAAGGAUAUGACCACCCUCUGGGAGGGGGCAGGGAAGUAUGGUUUGGAUUCCAUCAAUCUGUUCGGCCUGCCAUGUGGAAAAUGAUGCUUAAUAUUGAUGUUUCUGCCACUGCCUUCUACAAAGCACAACCUGUAAUUCAAUUCAUGUGUGAAGUUCUUGACAUUCAUAAUAUUGAUGAGCAACCAAGACCUCUGACUGAUUCUCAUCGGGUAAAAUUCACCAAAGAGAUAAAAGGUCUGAAGGUUGAAGUGACUCAUUGUGGAACAAUGAGACGGAAAUACCGUGUUUGUAAUGUAACAAGAAGGCCUGCCAGUCAUCAAACCUUUCCUUUACAGUUAGAAAAUGGCCAAACUGUGGAGAGAACAGUAGCACAGUAUUUCAGAGAAAAGUAUACUCUUCAGCUGAAGUACCCACACCUUCCUUGUCUGCAAGUGGGGCAGGAACAGAAACAUACCUACCUGCCACUAGAAGUCUGUAAUAUCGUGGCCGGGCAACGAUGUAUCAAGAAACUAACGGACAAUCAGACUUCCACUAUGAUCAAAGCAACAGCAAGAUCUGCGCCAGAUAGACAAGAGGAGAUUAGCAGAUUGGUAAGAAGUGCAAAUUAUGAAACAGAUCCAUUUGUUCAAGAGUUUCAAUUUAAAGUUCGGGAUGAAAUGGCCCAUGUAACCGGACGUGUACUCCCAGCACCUAUGCUGCAGUAUGGAGGACGGAAUCGGACAGUAGCAACACCAAGCCAUGGAGUAUGGGACAUGCGAGGGAAACAGUUCCAUACAGGAGUUGAAAUAAAAAUGUGGGCUAUAGCUUGUUUCGCCACACAGAGGCAGUGCAGAGAAGAAAUAUUGAAGGGUUUCACGGACCAGCUGCGUAAGAUUUCUAAAGAUGCAGGGAUGCCCAUCCAGGGCCAGCCUUGCUUCUGCAAAUACGCGCAGGGGGCGGACAGCGUGGAGCCCAUGUUCCGGCAUCUCAAGAACACCUACUCAGGGCUGCAGCUCAUUAUCGUCAUCCUGCCAGGGAAGACACCAGUGUAUGCGGAAGUGAAACGUGUAGGAGAUACACUUUUGGGUAUGGCUACGCAGUGUGUCCAAGUCAAGAAUGUAAUAAAAACAUCCCCUCAAACUCUCUCAAACUUGUGCCUAAAGAUAAAUGUUAAACUCGGAGGGAUCAAUAAUAUUCUUGUACCUCAUCAAAGACCUUCUGUGUUCCAGCAACCCGUGAUCUUUUUGGGAGCAGAUGUCACUCAUCCACCAGCUGGUGAUGGGAAGAAGCCUUCUAUUGCUGCUGUUGUAGGUAGUAUGGAUGCCCACCCAAGCAGAUACUGUGCCACAGUAAGAGUUCAGAGACCCCGACAGGAGAUCAUCCAGGACUUGGCUUCCAUGGUUCGAGAACUUCUCAUUCAAUUUUAUAAGUCAACUCGGUUCAAACCUACUCGUAUCAUCUUUUAUCGGGAUGGUGUUUCAGAGGGACAGUUUAGGCAGGUAUUAUAUUAUGAACUACUAGCAAUUCGAGAAGCCUGCAUCAGUUUGGAAAAAGACUAUCAACCUGGAAUAACCUACAUUGUAGUUCAAAAGAGACAUCACACUCGAUUGUUUUGUGCUGAUAGGACAGAAAGGGUUGGAAGAAGUGGCAAUAUCCCAGCUGGAACAACAGUUGAUACAGACAUUACACACCCAUAUGAGUUUGAUUUUUACCUCUGUAGCCAUGCUGGAAUACAGGGUACCAGCCGUCCUUCACACUAUCAUGUUUUAUGGGACGAUAACUGCUUUACUGCAGAUGAACUUCAGCUGCUGACUUACCAGCUCUGCCACACUUACGUGCGCUGUACACGAUCUGUUUCUAUACCUGCACCAGCGUAUUAUGCUCACCUGGUAGCGUUCAGAGCCAGAUACCAUCUCGUGGACAAAGAACAUGACAGUGCUGAAGGAAGUCAUGUUUCAGGACAGAGCAAUGGACGAGAUCCACAAGCUCUUGCCAAGGCUGUACAGAUUCACCAAGAUACCUUACGCACAAUGUACUUUGCUUAAAAAGUCCAAGAAUAUUCUCUGAGAGGAAGAAUUGAAAGAUGCAUCGACAUAGAGCGUAUGUUUCCAGUGGAGUCAGUUGAGUGGGAAUGCCUCCAGCCAUACAGCAACCAACACUGUGUGGGGACCAGGGUCUGAUUUUUAUGUUAAUAUAAGGAAGAUUGUUUACUUCAUCAAGGAACACAGCACCAUUAUGCAAUAUGAAACCAGCCAACUGCUUUUUUGUGCGGUCUCCUUAGGAAGUAUCGCCAUUGUUUUGUUUUCACUUUCUUGUAGUCUAACCCUUUUAAUGCCUUUACCUCAAGUUGCUUGGCAGCACAACUAUCUUUGCAAAAAAAGUACAGAAAAAGUAAAUGACGGUUUAAAAAAAAAAACACACACACCUUACAUGAAUAAUCAAAGUGAUUGUUCACAAUUAUGUGUGCAAAAAAAUUAAUGUGCAUUCGUGUAUUCUUGUGAAAGGUAUCUGUGUAUAUUUUAAAUAUAUACAUGUAUACUUCA